AACUGUGUGCAAAGUUCUUAUUACAUUAUCCAUGGAAUUAAUAUUGUUCUCUUGGCCUUAGGUGAAACAAAAGGAAAAGUUUACACGUUUUCUGAAAAUAAAACCCAUUUUUUUCUUGCAGACACUCUUGUUUCCUUGCCCCAAUGAACUUCACUCUGCUUGAAAGUCAGCUGCUUUAAGCAUUGUCAUAGUCAUUAUGUUGCUUUCUGGCAUUCUCACCCCUACUGAAUUAAUACAGAAUUCCCACCACUCCUCUUUGUUGUGACUAUAUAACGUCCUAUCCCAACCCCACUCUUCUGUUCAUCUUUAUUUUGGAAACCUGCUUUCCCCAUCCCAGCCAGAGCUUCACCCCAUUAUUUGUGGUCUGACUGCCCACAGAAUGCUGAGCCCUCCCUCAUUCUCUUCAUCAGUUAUCUUGACGUGUUUUAAAAGCCUCAUCAAGCCUUCUUGAUCAAAGACCUCACAGAUCUUUUGCUAACAAGUCCACUCUUUAGCUAUUAAUUUAUCCUACUCAUUUUAUAUUUAAAACGCUUGUUUGAUGCCGGGGUGUUCCUUCUUAUUUGUGUGCUAAUAUUAUUCCACCCGCACACAAAAAAAAAACAGGUUUGUGCAGAGAAAAUAGCAACCAAUGAGGAACACUCCUUAACCUUGGAACUUACAUUUUCCUCAAGCACAGGCAGCUAGAGCAGCCUGAAAGAGGAGUCGCAGCUGUAUAAAUGCAGUGACACCCGAGAGCCGACGAAUGCCGGAGCAGUUGUGCUUCUGAUUUGCACAAACGCUUACAUACUUGAGGAGGCUGGCUUCUGCAUACUCCGGGGCUACUCAUUCCGUUCGAACGCCCGUGUGUCACUCAAGUGGGGAGCCUGGAGCGGGCACAUGUGCAGAAGUCGCAGUCUGCCGAGCUCCCUCCGUGAAGACGGGCUGGAGCGAUUUGUGAAGCUGAAAGUCCGGUCUGAAUUACGAGAAGACUCGAGCAAAUGAAGGACUGUUUUGGAAUUGGCUGUGCCUGCGAGAAAUGAAACAGUGGUCUUCUGCCUCAUUUACUUGGGAGCCUUGAAAUUUGGUUUCCGUAAUAUUCUUUAUUAGUUGUAGCUGUGCACCUUCUGAAGAUCCAGACGAGACUGACCCCGGAUCCGGACGGGACUGACCCCAGAUCCCAAUGAGACUAACCCCAUAUCCAGACGAGAGAUCCCAAUGAGACUAACCCCAUAUCCAGAUGAGUCUAACCCCUGCUGGAAACCAUGCCGCAAACACCAACAUUUGCUGCCAUGUUUAACAGCAGUGGUUACAGCCGACAUCUGUACUCAUCCCGAGAAGAUAAUUGUGGAGGGUUGUUCUACCAAGACAACAAUCUUGUGUCAGGGUCUCUGGAGGCACUCAUCCAGCACCUUGUGCCAACGGUAGACUACUAUCCUGACAGGACCUACUUAUUUACCUUUCUGCUAAGCUCCCGAAUUUUCAUUCGGCCUUAUGAGCUUCUAGCAAAGGUUUGUCUUAUAUGCAUUGAACAACAGAGAUUGAACGAGACCAUUUUAGAUAAGGCCAAAAUUGGGAAAUUUGCAGCUAAAGUAGUACAGCUGUUGUCUGAUUGGACUGAAACAUUUCCCUAUGAUUUUCGAGAUGAGCGGAUGAUGAGAAAUUUAAAUGAUAUGACCCACAAGAUUGCGACAAUGGAUGAGCUACAUCAAAAACCCGUGCAGCAAUUGACUCAGAAGUUGAUCAGGAAGCUCGCUACUCUUAACCAGUACGAAGAAGUUCUUACAAAAUUAAAUACGUCAGUCAGCGACCGGUUAACUGUGCUAAGGACCAAACCACAAUCCAUCCAGAGGGACAUAGUGACCAUCUGCAAUGACCCAUAUACUUUAGCUCAGCAACUAACACACAUAGAACUGGAACGGCUCAGUCAUAUUGGACCUGAAGAAUUUGUUCAGACCUUUGUACACAAAGAUCCUUUAGACAAUAAUAAGUCCUGCUUUAAUGAUAAGAAGAAAACAAGCAACCUGGAAGCCUAUGUAGAGUGGUUUAACAGGCUGAGCUAUCUCGUAGCAACAGAAAUCUGUAUGCCAGUAAAGAAGAAACACAGAGCACGGGUAAUAGAAUAUUUCAUAGAUGUUGCUCGUGAGUGCUUUAACAUCGGCAACUUCAAUUCCUUGAUGGCAAUUAUUUCUGGCAUGAACAUGAGCCCUGUUUCCAGACUAAAGAAAACCUGGGCCAAAAUCAAAACAGCCAAAUUUCAUAUCCUUGAGAUUUACUGGUACACAGAACACUAUUUAUUUCUGUUGAUUGAACAGCACCAAAUGGAUCCUUCUAGUAAUUUCUACAAUUACAGGACGGCUUUGCGAGGAGCAGCCCAGAGAUCAACAACAGCCCAUAGCACCAGGGAAAAGAUUGUGAUUCCAUUCUGCAGUUUACUGAUCAAGGAUAUUUACUUUUUAAAUGAGGGCUGUGCCAAUCGUUUAAUGAACGGUCAUGUCAAUUUUGAGAAAUUCUGGGAGCUGGCAAAGCAAGUCAGUGAGUUUAUGACUUGGAAGCAGGUGGAAUGUCCCUUUGAGCGUGAUCGUAAAAUCCUUCAGUAUCUUCUCACAGCUCCUGUCUUCUCUGAAGAUACACUUUACUUGGCAUCCUAUGAAAGUGAAAGCCCAGAGAAUCAUGUUGAAAAGGAGAGGUGGAAGACUCUGAGAUCAACACUUCUAACUAGGGUUUAGCCCAGACAUAAAAUACUUUAUAAUGGGCCACAAAUGUAUGAUGCUUUGCAAUAACUGACCUUCAAGAGCAAGAGACUUGGACAUCAGUGGAGUAGAAUUCAUGCACGAAGGACAAUGAAUUUCAAUGAGAGUAAAACAUAAAUAGACACCAGUUUCACUGGUCACUGAACUAUAUGUGAAUGUGUGUUUUUGUUUUGGUCCUGCUUGGUGCUGGCAAAUUCAUUGCCAGUUGAAGGUCAUUUAACUUGUGUUGUGGAUUGAUCCUCGGCAUUUGCAGCUGGUUAUUCUCUGCUGUUUCAGAUAGAACCUCAGAACUAGGUGCUGGUCUCCACCUGGCCUUAUAAAUAUUGGGAUUAAAAUGAACUCUGAAUGGCUGCUGGUCAGUAUAAUAGAAAAAAUACUAAUAUAAUAAUGUUCAUGACAAUGUUCGCACAUUUACGUUACCGGAAUGCAAUAGAUUUGUAUGAUAUGGCAAGCUAGUUAAAUCCAUGAGCAAAUCAUUUACAUAGAACAUAAUGUAAAUAUUUUAUGUUUAAGUGUGAGUUACUAGGUAGGUUUUAAGAUACUCCAGAGAUUUGAAGUAACAUUGAGAAUGGAAAUGUUAGAAUGUUAUUUUCAUAUUUGUAAGAAUUUUUUAAAAAAAGUUAAUUCUUUUAUAAUAUGUUUAGUAAUCACCACAUACUUCAAUAUUGACACAAAGACAACAACAUUUUGUACAGGGAUACUUGCAAAUUCAUUGAUAAAACUGCAACCCAUCACUUAACCUGCAGAAUUCAACAUUCUGUGAGUUGCAUCAGCAUUAGGAUUGUAGAAUAUCCUACAUUGGAAGACUAUAUCCUAUAUCCAUGACUUGCUUGCAGUAACUGUAAGCAUUUAGAAAUAUUUAUUCUAGAUCUAUUACGAAAGACACAUGAACUAUUUAAAGGAAAACAGAAGAACAUAGCUCCAAGAAGUUAAAGUGCCAGUGAUUCACUAAUGGAGCUGUCAAUAUAAUAUAUUUGUUUCUAUAAAGCAUGUGAAUGAUGGCUGAAUUUUGUAAGUUUCUUUUUCCUGCCAUUAAUUUUUUUAAGAAGCAAUCAUAAUAUUGUGGUUAACUUAUCUGUAUAUAUCUUUUGUGUACAUCAAAAUGUACUUUAAAUGCUUAGAAUGCUUAGAAGGGAAUUUAAAAGAAAUGUGGUGGAGAUUUUGCAAAUUAUGGAUCUUCUUUUACCAUGCAAGAUUAAUUUCAUAUUAAGUUUUGGCAUUGUUCAAUCUUCAAAUUACUGAUGCAUUAGAGAUGAAAUUCUAGUCAUGCAUUACCAGUUCAACAGUGUUAUGCAGCAGAUGUGUUAUGUGUCAGCAAGUAUUAGUGAAUCUAUCUAUGCAAGUUCAAUAUUUCUCUGCAUCACAAUAGUGGAAUCAAAGAUCAAAUGGCAGCAUUACAACUAUGUAGCAGGAAUGAUUACCAUUCCACCCUUGGACGUUUUCAUGUUUUAUUGUUUUACAACACUGAACCACAGUGGAUUUAAUUUGUUUCUUUCUGGACACUGAUCAACAGAAAAAGUGAAAAUAGAUCUCCACAAAGUGACCUAAAUUAAUUACAAAUAUAAAACACAAAAUAAUUGAUUGCUUAAGUAUUCACCCCCUUCAAGUCAGUAUUUAAUAGAUGCAUCUUUGGUAGCGAUUACAGCCUUGAGUCUGUGUGGGUAGGUCUCUAUCAGCUUUGCACAUCUGGACACUGCAAUUUUCCCCCAUUCUUCUUUACAAAACUGCUCAAGCUCUGGCAGAUAGCAUGAGGCUUGUGAGUGAACUCUCCUUUUCAAGUCCAGACACAAAUUCUCAACCAGAUUGAGGCCUAUACUCUGACUUGGCCACUCCAGGACAUUAUCUUAGUUGCUUUUAAGCCAUUCCUCUGUAACUGUAUGCUUGGGGUCAUUGUCUUGCUGGAAAACAAAUCUUCCUCCAAAUUGCAGUUCUCUUGCAGACUGCAUCAGGUUUUCCUUCAGGAUUUCCCUGUAUUUUGCUGCAUUCAUUUUACCGUCUACCUUCACAAGCCUUCCAGGGCCUGUUGCAGUGAAGCAUCCCUACAGCAUGAUGCACCCACCACCAUGCUUCAUGGGUUUUUGAUAAUGCAUGGUUUUUACACCAAACAUAGCAUUUAGUCUGAUGGCCAAAAAGCUCGAUUUUGAUUUCAUCAGACCAUAGAACCUUCUUCCAGCUGAUUUCAGAGUUUCCCCGUAUGUCUUUUGGCAAACUCUAGCCUGGAUUUCUUGUGGGUUUUUUCCAACAGUGACUUUCUCUUUGCCAUUCUCCCAUAAAGCUGUGACUAGUGAAGCACCUGGGAAAUAGUUGUUUGAAAAGUCUCUCCCAUCUCAGCCACUGAAGCUUGUAACUCCUUCAGAGUUGUCACAGGUCUCUUGGUGGCCUUCGUCACUAGUCCCCUUCUUGUAUGGUCACUCAGUUUUUGAGGAUGCCCUGCUCUAGGCUAAUUAAUAUUUCUUGAUGAUUGCCUUAACUGUACUCCAAGGGAUUUUUGGUGACUUGGAAAUGUUCUUGUAUCCAUCUCCUGACUUGUGCGGUUCAAUAACCCUUUUGCAGAGCUGUUUGAAGUGUUCUUUUGUCUUCAUGGUGUAGUUUAUGCCAGGGUGCUGAUACACCAGCCAUUGGACUUUACAGAUACAGGUGUGUGUUUACUACAAUCAUCUGAAACCUUUGAAUGCACACAGGUGAUUUCUAUUUAACUAAUCAUGUGAUUUCUAAAACCAAUUGGCUGCACCAGUGGCGAUAUAAUGUGUUGUACUAAAGGAGGUGAAUACUUGAGCAAUCAAUUAUUUUGUGUUUUAUAUUCGUAAUUAACUUAGAUCACUUUGCACUUUUCACUUUGACAUGAAAGAAUCUUUUCUGUUGAUCAGUGUCAAAAAAAGCCAAAUUAAGUCCACUGUGAUUCGAUGUUGUAAAACAAUAAAACAUGAAAACUUAUGCAGGGGUUGAAUACUUUUUUUAUAGAUACUGUAUAGGGAUGAAACACUGCACCUUCAAACACACGAGAUGGGAGAACCUCCACAGAGAUUUGCUGAAUGGUGUUGUUGAUCUUUUGUGAGUAGUGCAUAGAGAGAGAUGCUUACACUCUAAUUACAUUAGAUAAAUAUGGUAAAUAUUUAUAAAUGUGUGGAAAAUAAUCUGAGUUUAUGCUGAAUUGAUCACAUAUUUACUGCAGGAGAAAACAGGUAAUGCUGACACAAAAUGCAAAACUGAAUUAACUUGAACUGAAGUGGUUUUGGGUUUAGCAGUGAAUCCUCAAGUAAAUUAUACCGUGUUCUGCGCUGAAAUGAGUCAGUGUGAAUCACAGUGCUUAGAUGGAAUUUUGCUUGUUUUUUAAAAAAAAUCAUGAUUCCUGAAGUGGAAAGAGCAUAUGAGGUAGCACAAGUUCAGUAUCUACCUGCAAUGAUCCACUUAGUCUUGCUGGUUCAGAGUGUCUUGUUAGACUGGUAACAACAAAGAAGUGUGAAUUUUGUUUACAGCUGGUAUGUUUUUAUUUGAAAUGGUAUUUACCCAAGCUUAUACAUUAGAGAAUGGAGAACAAAGUAGCAUAUACAAGCUGGCCUGUGGUUGUUUGGUGAGAUAGGAUAUAUGCCUUUAUGCCUGAAUAAUCCAAGGAAGAGGCUGAAAACCACCCAUUUAAAAAAAUAUUUGAAUUAUAGAUUUAUUCUUAUUUCUCACCAAAGGAAUCUGAGCCCUCCGUCAGACAGAGUUGACCAGUCUAGAUACACAAGCCUGGGCAGUACGAUAUGGAGAGCGUGCAGUUGUCCAUAUGGCAAGCUCCUCCUCUUCAAGCAACUGGUGAACCAAAAGGAACGGCAGAGGCCGAUACAGUUUGGUACCAGCAGCAUUGCAGGAGUUGCCAGUCAGCAUUGAACACAGUGUAGGACUGCCUUAGGGACUCCAGCUCUGGAUUUUUUCCCUUGGGGUUACUACGGAAGGCUUCCUCACAGGUGGGUAUAGCCACAAGGCAGCAGAGGUUUGAGAUCAGAAUUUACUUUCUCCUAGAUGAGUUGCCAACCAUGGCUGAUGAGCCCCAUCUGCCCGAAGCGACUGGUUUUAAGGCGUCUGUAACCCACCUUUACUCCUUCUCCUGUCAAUAGAAAAGGUUCCACUGGGCUUAGUAGCUAAGCCACAUGUGAAGGCCAGGAGCUAGACUUGGUUGUCAAAGACUAUUUGAGGUACACACCACUGGGAGUAUUUAAUAGGUAGUGAAGGCUUGUCCCCAUUACCACCCCCAGCUAUAACAACCCUAAGGAACCAAAACUAGGGAAGCCACAUUUAAUUCUGAAGUGAUUUUGGGGACGCAAAUUUUGGAUUUGCAGAAAGUAAAGAUUGAUGUGUUUGCGAGCAUAAUUUAUGCACAGGUCAACCAGUGCUCCAAACUGGAUUUUUUUUUUAUUUCAAGAAGAGCUUUGAGAUGCCCAGCUUUCAGAAAUAAGUUUUAAUAAAAGAAACUUACAUGGUUGUUUUUGGGAUCUAUGGUUUGUUAGCACACUUUUCUUGACUAUCACCAAAUACCAACUCACUUCAAGAAGAUUUUUCUAUAAACUUAGCUACAUUUUAAAAAUCCUGUAAUGAAUGUUCAUUUGCUACUCAUGCUGUUAAUUGUCUAAUUAUGCAGAGAUGUCUCACAUGCAAGGAUGCCCAUGUUCUGCUUGGAGAGAUGUUGAAAAUAGAGGGAACAGCAGUAUGUCUACAGGACAUAGUUGUGAAAAAAAAUGAAAUAAAUAAUUGAUAGAAUUUUACUCAGUUUUCUUGGUCCUGCAUGUUUUUUUGAAGCAUAAUACAUCUGAACGCAAUGAGCUUGAUGAACUGUUAUUAUUCAGCAGCUUCUGGCAGAGUCUUACUCCUUCACCAACUUUAUGGAAACAUUCCUUGUUGAGAGAAUAACUAUAGAAGUGUGUGGAAUAAUGUGUAAUUCUUGUAGCCUCUUGAUACACAUCCACUAAAUCUGGCAGAAAAU